AUGAAACGCAAGGAAGAGACAGGUGUAUCAAGAUUGUCUGCAGUGGAUUAUAUGGACGAUGGUACUCCGAUUUGCUUAAGUGUUGAAAUCGACCAACAAAAGGGUGAGGCAAUCUUCGAUUUUGACGGAACUGGACCUGAGGUGUACUCAAGUUGUAACGCACCUCCUGCGGUUACGAUGGCUGCUGUGAUUUAC